CAUUAACAGACAGUUCUACAUUGCUGAAGAGUUGCAGAAGCCCAGAAAUCAGAAACCUCCUGAACUUCAUAGAGCUACCAUUGACUACGUGGCCUGGGAUGAUGAUGAUAUCUACAUCAAAAUUACAACAGUUUUGCCUGAUAGUCACUUGCUGGCUUGCGGGACUCUUCUCUUGCUUGGUGUACAUUCAGUAUUCCACACGUACAUGUGCACCGGAACCCAUUCCUUAUUAUCAAUCUUACAAUAAUGCAAACACCCUUAAUCCCGUUACCACUCCAGGUCAACAGGAGGAAAAACCCAUCCUGCUGCUGUGGAGGUGGCCUAUGGAAAAGCGGUGGGACUUUAAAGACUGUAAAGCCAUGUACAACAUUGACGGCUGCCAAUUGACCGAUGACAGAAACCUUUAUAACCAAUCAGAUGCAGUCCUCGUUUUCCACAAAGGUACCAAAGGGGACCUGUCCAACCUUCCGCCUUCUCCUCGGCCUCCGUUUCAAAAAUGGAUCUGGCUUCACGUCGAAUCGCCGACCAACACGGGGAGGAUUCCCGGUUUGGAGAAGCUUUUCAACCUCACACUGAGCUACAGACAGGAUGCCGACAUUUCUGUGAGGUAUGAUCUCACGGUCAGCAAGAAGCCAAACAAAGACUUUGUGAUCCCAAAGAAGGACAAGCUCCUGUGUUGGUUCGUGUCCAACAUGGCCCUCUAUACUGGAGUAGGGACCAGGAUGAAGUACUACGACGAGUUAAAGAACCACAUCAAUGUGACUAUUUUUGGAGGAAUGGUUGGCACACGCUUGAAAGAUGAAGACUACUACUCCACGAUGGCUAGCUGUAAGUUCUACCUCUCUUUUGAGAACUCCAUCCACAUAGACUACAUCACGGAGAAAAUAAAUGGUCCUCUUUCAGCUGGGACAGUUCCAGUCGUCUUGGGGCCACCGAGAGAAAAUUACGAGCAGUUUACUCCGAGUAAUGCCUUCAUUCACAUCAGCGACUUCCCUGAUGCUGCAUCACUGGCUAAAUAUCUGCUUCAGCUGGACAAAGACGAUGAAGCGUACAAGCGCUAUUUUGACUGGAGAAAACACGUAACAGCGACACCCCAUCUAAUCUUUCCUUAUCAAGAGUUCAUCAUAUACAUCUGUCAUGCCUGUGAAUAUAUUGGAAGGUACAAAGACUAUAGAGCUGCAAAAGACCUCUACAAGUGGUGGUUUUCAUAAAGAGGACCUUGUAAACUUUUUAUCACUCUAAAUCUUAGGGACUGGGCUUAGGUUUCUUUAUAAACUGAUUUAUUCCCGAUAACAUGCUCGAAAUAAUUCCUGAUAACGUAUAUCCUCAUGAUAGCAAGCGAGUGACUAUUCAUUACAGUGCAUUACAAUAGAAAUAAAACAUAAAUGUCAUUACUGUGUGCAUUAAGUGAAAAGAAUAUUACAUUAUUCUUCAUUAUAGACUAUUUAUUUUUUAGCUUUUAAAACACUGUUUCAACUAAUGCUAUUGCUUAUUACAUAUGAUUGUGAGUAAAAAAAAAAUCAUUUCUAUUGCACAUUUAUGAUAUUUCUUUUCCAUAUUACAGAAUUAUUAUAAAAAUUUAUAAAAACAACCUGCACAUAACAAGGCUUUUU